CCCCUCCUGCAAGAAAGACACGAGCACGGAGGGGGACCGGAAGACGCACGCGCACACGGCACGCCACGGCAACGGCAUCUUCCCCCGUCUCGCCGAGCAGAUCCUAGAAGUAGAUGCGCCGCCCCCUCCGUCUCAGGUGCCAAGUCGCAGCCCGCCCCCUCCCAUUACCCAAAAUUCUACGGCCGCCUUAAACCCCUCUCCCUCCCGCCGCCCCCGCCCCCUGCGCCGCCACCGCAGUCCUCGGCGGUGAGGCCGCCGCGCCGCCCAGCGAGGAAGGAGGGUCAGAAGAGCGGGCGCCGGGGAGGUCAGGGAUGGUGCUGUGGGAGCUCACGGCGAUCACCGCCUACUUCCUCGGCCUCAAGCGCACCUACCGCCUCGCGCUCCGCAUCCAGCGCCGCCUCAUCCCGCCCAACCGCCCCAGGAUCAGGAACUUCGUCUACAGGCGUACACGAGAUGUGUUCAAUGUUGCAGUGUCAGUGCACAAGAGCAUUCAGCAGAGGGACAUAGAGGUUGGUCGGAACCUUGGAAAUGCAAUCCUUCGCUGGCUCGAUCGCAUGAAGCCGUCAGCAGAGAUUCGCCCCCGUCUUCCAGACCCACCAAAUGGCAGCUCAGAGCAGUUCAAGCAUUUUUCAAGCACAAGCAGGAGUGCGGGAUCUCAGAAGACUGCAUCUAAAACUUCACCCCACGACUCCAGCGGAAAGAUGCUGUUCUCGCGCCUUAACAUUCGACCCAAAUCCUUCCCUGUCCUGCCCACAAUGACACAGCCCAACAGAAUCAACGCGAGCAGCCAGUGCAGGCGCAUCUCCUACUCCCCAUUCCCAUCAGUCACCGCGAAGAGGAAGGGCCUGAUGGAGGGCGUCUUCCGCAAGGACAUUGCGCAGUUGAUGGUGUAAGGAUCUCUUCUUUUUUUUUUAUUUCUAGGCAACGGUCUAUACUGUGUUUUUUUUGGAAUAUGAAGACUAUUACUUGGACUGAAUUACUCGCCCAGGACAGAACGUGUCUCGUUAUAUAAUAAUGAAGCGCAUAGGGAAAAUUGUUGCUGCUCUGCCAGGUUAGGCCAUUAGAUCUCUAACCAAUGCUCAGAUUCUCAACAGCAUUUCAUGUUUGGUAAGGGACAUGUGUACUCCAUUAGUCCAUUUAUCUGUGCUUGAAUUAUGAGACUUAAAUUGCUGUAUUUUACUCAGCUCGUUGCAAGUU